UCAUGUGCUACUUACAAGAAAUAUACAUUAUUCAGUUGAGAUUGGCGAUAUAAUAGAUUCAAAUGGAAUGCAUUAAUGUCACUGCAGCCUCCAAUGACUUGGAUGUGAAGGUAAAUGCGAUUCUCAGCGUUAUCGUGCAAGACGACGGGGAUUCAUUCGCCAAGAGAGCUGAAAUGUACUAUCAGCAGAGACCUCAGCUCAUCGAAAUGAUCGAGGACUUGCGCAAAACCUGCCGCUGCUUGGCUGAUAAAUAUGACCAGCUGAGAUCCCAACUCAACUCAUUGAGUCCUGUCAGUCGAGUUCGAGGUAACGGAUCGGUGCAAGAUCAUGAUCUCGAGGAUGAAUUGGUCGUCUAUGAUGUCUUGAAUGCGCAAGCUGCUAAUCGGGACUCUAUCGAGAACUUGAAGAUGACACCGGACUGCGAAAGCUGCGGGGAGAAGAUGAAUGUGAUCAAUGGCAUUGGAUUCCAGCGCAAUACGAGUGAUGGUUAUAAAGAUGCCAUGUUAGAGCAUGAGAAAGUGUGGAAUGAACUAAGGUUCAAGGUGUCAGAACUUGUAGAGGAUAAUCUGAGUCACCAAGCUGAGUUGAUAAGGAGAAAUGACGCGAAGAGAGAAACCAUUAGAGAUCUUUGUUCCAAGAUGAACAUGAAGGAUGAAAACAAGACCAUGAAUGGAAACCAUAGAGUUACCAGGAAGACUCAGUCUCAAGUAUCAAGAUUAAAGUGGAUAUUCCUUGGAAAGUUCAUGAAAUGAAAUACAAAUGAUUAGGUAGGUUUGUUGGUUUUUCUUUGGACUGGAAUAUUAAUAAGUUACUCAAUUGCUUUUCAUUUUUAU